AGGGAAAUGAAAAGUAUAGAGAAAUGAAGAAGAAUAGAAUGAUAUGGAGCGUAGGAGUGAUGCUGUGGACGCUGUUAGUCGGAGGAAGCUGGGGAGAGCAGUGUGGAAGCCAAGCAGGGGGUGCGCUGUGCCCAGGUGGUCUCUGUUGCAGUCAGUUCGGCUGGUGCGGCUCCACCGACGACUACUGCGGCCAGGGUUGCCAGAGCCAGUGCGGGGGAGGACAGCCGGCUCCGGCUGAUCUCACCGCUCUCAUAUCCAGGGCCACCUUCGACCAGAUGCUCAAACAUCGCAACGACGGAGCUUGCCCAGCCAAAGGCUUCUACACCUACGAUGCCUUCAUCGCCGCUGCCAGUGCUUUCCCCAGCUUCGGCAACACCGGAGACACAGCCACUCGAAAGAGGGAGAUUGCGGCCUUCUUCGGGCAAACGUCUCACGAAACAACCGGGGGAUGGCCCACUGCACCGGACGGACCGUACGCAUGGGGAUACUGCUUCGUGAGAGAGCAGAACCCAAGCGAUUACUGCUCCCCAACUCCCCAGUUUCCCUGCGCUUCUGGACAACAAUACUAUGGCAGGGGUCCCAUCCAGAUAUCUUGGAACUACAACUACGGUCAGUGCGGAAAUGCAAUUGGGGUGAAUUUGAUCAACAACCCUGAUCUCGUCGCCACUGACGCCGUCGUCUCCUUCAAGUCCGCCAUCUGGUUCUGGAUGACCCCACAGUCCCCCAAGCCUUCCUCCCACGACGUCAUCACCUCUCAAUGGACCCCCUCCGCCGCCGACGUUGCCGCCGGGAGGCUUCCGGGCUACGGCACUGUGACGAACAUCAUCAACGGAGGCCUGGAGUGCGGCAGAGGACAGGAUAGCAGGGUGGAGGACCGCAUCGGGUUCUUAAAGAGAUACUGUGAUCUGCUAGGAGUUGGUUAUGGCAACAACCUUGACUGCUACUCUCAGACCCCAUUCGGAAAUUCACUGCUUAAUCUCCAUCCCUUCGUCUGAAUCUCUCAUCCCAUCAAAAUAAACAACUUAUUCACUUUUAAAUAAAAUUGCACUUGCUGGAAAGCUACUUUCUGUUCAUA